UGCAGACAAAUGCAUUUAGGAGCUCAAAGGACAAGGAGUGGAAGCAUCUCUCCCACGACACAAACGAAGACCCUUCUCCUACUUACACUAUGUAUAGCUGUGGGUUGUGUGCAAAGACAGCAAGAAGGCAUAGAUGUUCUCCAUCAUUUAGGCCUAAGUGGGCAAACUAUGCAUCAUCCAACAACAGGGCCUUUGAUACGUCUGUCACAUGCUUCAUCACCUCAAGGGAUUCACCUAACUGAAUUUGGAGUUCUUUUAUCCAUUCAGACAGCCAUUGAAGUUCCCAUCUCUCAAGUGGGGGUAUCAGCUUUAGGUUCCAAUUUUGCCAUGCUAAUUAGCUUACGCUCUUACAAAGUAAACAAUGCCUUUCUUUUCAGUAUUAGGAAUAAAAACAGACUGCAGUUUGGUAUACAGCUGCUACCAAGGAAGAUAAUUGUGCACACUGGAGGCAAGCACUCUGUAUACUUUGAUUAUCGGGUUCAUGAUGAGCAAUGGCACACGUUUGCUAUUGAUGUUACAGAAAAAUCAGUCUCCCUAUAUACUCAGUGUGGAAGGAAACACUUCAGGAAGGAGAUUCUUUCCAAAGUACAGUUUGAUUCACAUAGCUUAUUUACCUUAGGAAGAAUGAACUUCCAGUCAGUCCACUUUGAAGGUGUGUUAUGUCAGUUGGAUAUUAUCCCCUCUGCACAAACCUUGACAAACUAUUGUAAAUAUGUGAAACUACAAUGUCGCCAAGCUGAUACAUACUGGUUUCAUACAAUUUCUCCAAGCGAGGAAAACUCAAGCAAGCUGUUGGAUGAAGUAACCCAACCAUUAAGUAAAAGAAAAGGUACAUUAAAUCUUCACGUCAGUAAGUCAUCAUUGGUCAAAGAUCCUCAAGAAUUGAUGCAGACAACUUCUUCCUUGACUCCUCUUUACUUAGGGAAUAUUACUGCCUUGUCAGAACCAAAUGACCAGCAAAUUGUGAAUGUCUCCAAAAAACACCAACAUUAUGUCAGCAAAAGGAAAGGGGAUUCCUUGCCUCUCACAAAAUUAACUUUAAAUUAUACAGACUCUAUGACAGAAAAUAUGAAAAGAAAAAUGAAUUCCAGUUUGCUGUUUUCCAUAAAGCAGCCUAAUGCCAAACAUAUGAUGAAAAAUACAUCAAAGCCAUAUUUAUAUGAACUAAUGGAUAUGCAUCCGUUUUUAAAUACAACAUUGCAUGAAGAUUUUCAUUCCGAACCUUUAAUUAACCGGUUUAGCUCAUGGGAUGAGCAUACAGUUCAGACUGAUGAGAUUUAUAAUGCUGAAGGCAAUUACGAAUUUGAUGCUGAUUAUUAUGAUUAUGAUUAUGAAGAAUGGGAGAGACUACUUGACAUGGAAAAUCUUAAGGGGCCUAAAGGAGAUCCUGGACAGGUGGGACCCCCAGGUCCUCCAGGAUUACCUGGCCCAGCAGGAAAGCGAGGCCCAAGAGGUAUUCCAGGUCCACAUGGAAAUCCUGGGCUACCAGGUUUGCCUGGUUCAAAGGGCCACAAAGGUGAUCCAGGGUUUUCCCCAGGAAAAGCAAAGCGUGGAGAAAAAGGUGAUGCAGGACUAACAGGGUUACCUGGCAUAGAGGGCCUCAAAGGUAGAAAGGGUUUAAUGGGAUAUCCAGGACCAAGAGGGAUACAAGGGGAGCAAGGAAUUCUAGGAAUGACUGGCAACCCUGGGGCUCUUGGUUACCCUGGCAGGCAGGGCUUAGCAGGACCCGAAGGUAACCCAGGCCCUAAAGGUGUAAGAGGUUUCAUUGGACCUCCGGGAGUGGCUGGGAAUCCUGGACCUGAGGGAGAAAGAGGUAUUCCAGGUUUACCUGGAAAAAGAGGUAUAAAGGGGAGAAUAGGAUUGCCAGGUGAUUUUGGAAACAGAGGCCCUCCUGGUCCUGACGGAAGCCCUGGAAAUGUUGGUGGAGUUGGUCCUCCUGGAUUUCCUGGACUUAGAGGAGAAGAAGGACCUGUCGGGCCAAGUGGAGUAACUGGACCAAGGGGGAAACCUGGAAGGAAAGGUUUUGCAGGUGAACCAGGAUUAGAAGGCCUGAAGGGAGAAACAGGAGACCAAGGAGUUCUUGGGAAAACCGGUGAAACAGGACCUAUUGGCUCACCUGGUGAAAUUGGAUUAUCUGGGGGACCUGGUGAGAAGGGAGACAGAGGUAAUCCAGGCCCAGUGGGCCCUCCUGGAGAAAAAGGUGUCAUGGGAUACCCAGGUCCACCAGGUGGCCCUGGUGAUGUAGGGCCACAGGGACUACCUGGCCCAACAGGAGCACGAGGACCUCCUGGACCACAGGGUUCUAAAGGUCAAAGAGGACCACGAGGUCAAGAUGGUCCUCUUGGAGAGCAAGGGACAGAAGGUAUUAAGGGAGAAGUUGGUGACUCUGGGAAAAAAGGCAUUCAUGGACUCAUUGGAAAAGCUGGAAUCCCUGGAGAAAGAGGCAGUCCAGGACCACCAGGUUUGCCUGGCCUUCCUGGAAGUAUAGGAGAUAGAGGGCCUUCAGGUGAACCAGGACCGAGGGGAGAACAAGGUGGUGCUGGUCCUGUAGGUGAAGCUGGCUCUGAGGGAUCACCUGGCCCAGAGGGAGAGCCUGGACCACAAGGAGAACCAGGCACAAAGGGAGAUUAUGGACCAGUUGGCAAUAUUGGAGCAGCAGGUGAACAAGGUAUAAGAGGUAUUCGAGGACCACCAGGAGAAGAUGGUGUUCAAGGAAAAGAUGGAUUAAAGGGCAGUUUAGGAGACCCUGGCCUUCCUGGAGAAGAUGGUGAAAAAGGAAAAAUUGGAAUUCCCGGGCCUACUGGCCCUCCAGGUGAACCUGGAAUCAGAGGCAGUCCAGGUCCUGAGGGAACUCAAGGAAGUCCAGGUCAAAGGGGUCGUCCAGGAAAGAAGGGAGAAAAGGGUCAGCAUGGCUUCCCUGGAGAAAUCGGAGCUACAGGUGAACCUGGCAAGCCUGGAGAAAUUGGUCCAAAGGGUUCAAGAGGAACUAGAGGACCCGUGGGACAUUUAGGAGCAAUGGGAUCAGCAGGAAAACCAGGAAUUCCAGGUUAUGGGGGUCACCAAGGUCCGCCAGGAGCACUUGGCCCUCCAGGACCCAAAGGAGAGAAAGGUUACCCUGGGGAAGACAGCUCAAUGCUAGGACCACCUGGGCCCCGAGGUGAACCAGGUCCUACUGGUGAACGGGGAGAAAGAGGAGAACCUGGUGACAUAGGUUACAUGGGUCACACAGGACUUCCAGGACUGAGAGGUGCUAUUGGACAACAAGGACCACCAGGUGAGCCAGGUGAACAGGGUGAGCAAGGACCAAAAGGAGAAAGAGGAUCUCAAGGUCCUACUGGAAAAAAAGGAUCAAGUGGUCAGCCUGGGAAGCCUGGAAUGCCUAGUGAACCUGGUCCUGUUGGUCAGAAAGGCGUAGCUGGCAACCCUGGACCAGAAGGUGUACCUGGCAAUCCUGGAAAAUCAGGGUUACCUGGACAGCAGGGCCUUCCUGGUACUAGAGGAAGCCCAGGAAUAGCUGGACUAGCAGGAUAUCCUGGGAGUCAUGGACCGAAAGGUUCACCAGGUGCGCCAGGAAGCCCCGGCCUCCCAGGACUAAAGGGUGAACAAGGGCUUCGGGGACAUCCAGGAAAGCAAGGUAGAAGAGGACUUCCAGGGACACAAGGUGAUCAAGGCCCCCCAGGACUUCCUGGCCAGAAAGGAUUCGCCGGAGAAUUUGGAGAUCAAGGUUUGAUGGGAUUUCAAGGAUUUCCAGGUCCCAAGGGCCCUGAAGGUGAUCAUGGUUUAAUUGGAAUUUUGGGACCAAAAGGCCCAAUAGGUGAAAUAGGAAACACAGGCCCUGUAGGUUACGAAGGUAUUGUUGGCCCAGCUGGCAAACCUGGAUACAGGGGAGAAAAGGGAUCCAGAGGUGAAAUUGGCCCUCAAGGACCCCGCGGUCGUCCAGGUCUGCCUGGUCCACCAGGAGCACCUGGACCAAGAAAACAAAUAGACAUGAGUGCCACUAUUCAAGCCUUGCUUGAAUCAAAUGCUGCCUUAGAAAUGGAGAAUUAUCAGAACACUGAAGUGACAUUCUUGGAUCACAGUGCCAAAAUAUUCAAAACACUACAUUAUCUGAGCAAUUUACUCCAUAGCAUCAAAAACCCGUUGGGAACCCGAGAUAAUCCAGCACGUAUCUGCAGAGAUUUGCUCAACUGUGAACGUAAAGUGUCUAAUGGAAAAUAUUGGAUUGAUCCAAAUAUUGGGUGUCCUUCAGAUGCCAUUGAGGUUUUCUGCAACUUCACUGCUGGUGGCCAGACAUGUUUAUCUCCUGUAUCUGUCACAAAGUUGGAAUUUGGCAUUGAAAAAGUACAGAUGAACUUCCUUCAUUUACUUAGUUCAGAAGCAACCCAUACUAUUACAGUUCAUUGCCUGAAUACCCCUGUGUGGAAAACUAAUGAACUACAUGAUCAGAAAUCUUCUCUGAUCUUCAAAGGAUGGAAUGGUGAUAUUUUUGAAGCAAACACGCUGAUUGAACCAAAAGUUAUAAUGGAUGGAUGCAUGAUUCAAGAUGGCAACUGGCACAAAACCCAAUUUUUUUUCCACACUCAAGACACCAAUCAACUACCGGUUGUUCAGGUUCAUCCAUUUUCUCAUCUCAAUCAGGGACAACAGCGAUACAUAGAAAGUGGCUUGGUGUGCUUUCUCUAGAAUUUUGAGUAAACCUCAUAUCGCCAUAUACAGGACACAAGAAAUAAUUACGAAAAUAUGGAACAAUUGUACAGCAACAUGCUGGUGAUUUCUUAAAGAAUCUCAGGAAGAAAAAUACUUCCUCCUAUGAAGGAGAAAUGGCUUCAGAAACUUUGACAACAUUACUAAAAUAUUUAAUUUUUGGUUGGUGCUUUUUAUGAUAUUCUCUGAACCAAAGAAUAUGCAUAUAUGGAAAUUCUUCUUGAUUUUAUUAACAGCACUGUCCAGGACACCUUAAAGAAAGAUGGAAGAAUGCAGUAAAAAGGAGCAGUAUGGUUUUAUGCUCCCAAAUGUGCAAUAGCUUGUUAUACUGACAAUGAGUUACGCCACCAUAAAAUCCCUUAAACACUUUAGUUGAAUGAUGGUCCUUUUCGGAUACAAACAUCUUCACAGAUGAUCCACUACCUCUUUUGUGUUUCCUGUUUGUGUGGCCUGGCGCUCCAUAUAUAACAUAAAGUUUUUUUUUCCUUUACUUUUUUUUUUAGGCUGUAUGUGCUGGUUACAUCAAAGGAACUCUUCAUUGUAAAAUUAUGUCUUAAAAAUAUUUGGUCACAUUGUUCAUGAUUACUGAAAACAUUAAUUUAUGUGAAAACCUUGUUUUGAAAAUAUUUCUGUCUGUAACAUGAAAUGGAUGGGACAGAUAUUUUGGUGCUUAUAAAAAGAACAGAAUUUUGUACUUGUAGAAGGACUAUGUACAAUGAUGUUAAAGAUGUUAACUUUCCAGGGCAAUCUAUAAUUAUAUCUUGUGUAAAUAUUUUGUAACUGUUAAAUCUUAAUAUAGCA